GCUGCUGCAAUCUGCAUUUGUUGGGGGAAUCCGGGGUUUUGCAGGUGAAGGAAUCGUUAAUUCUUGGCAUCUGGGGCCUGUACGCAUCAAGAGUGUGCUUACUGCUUACUAAUGCUUUGGACCUGGUCGUUUCUGGGGUGCAUCCACUUGGUGUGUAAUGCGAGUAUCCAUGGGCAACAGCAGCCAGCCAUAAGCCAUUGCAUCUUCGUCGGACCAGGAGAGACGAAGCAUGUGCGGAGCUUUUUCCUGUUGGUUUGAACUUUGGAACUUGAAUAAGCUUUUUCCUGGGAUUGUUCAGGCUUGCUCGCAACGCCGGUAAUGUCUGAGAAAAUCUCACUAGGACGCAUACAAAUUUCUGAAUUCUCUUGCGACGCGCGCUGCCGUCCACACAAACCACCAUCGCCACCGUUAUCCACUCCGCCGCCCGCUAAUUAACCCGGCCAUCGCGAUGCGCGCCUCGCCGCCGCCGCCAUCGCAAUGAACCCUUCCCUUGCCGCCACGCCGCUCCCCACCACGUCCAACCGCCCAGACCCCACUUCCUCCUCCGUCCAGCUCCUCCGCUCUCUCGCGCGCUCCCGCCGAGCGCACCUGGCCCACCGCGCGCUCCUCCUCUUCCGCUCCCUCCACGCCUCCCCAUCCCCGCCGCCGCUGCACUUCUCCCUCCCGCCCGCGCUCUCCGCGGCCUCCUUCCUCGCCGCGCUCCCGGAGGGCCGCCAGCUGCACGCGCUCGCCGCCAAGCUCGCCCUCCCCGAACGCGCCCACACCGUCGUCGCCAACUCCCUCCUCCACCUCUACGCCUCCUGCGGCCUCCCGGCCGCCGCGCUCGCGCUCUUCCGACGCAUCCCCGCCAAGUCCCUCGUCUCCUGGAACACCGCCGUCGACGCGCUCGCGGGGAACGGCGACCACAUCGCCGCGCUCGACCUCUUCCGGGAGUUGCAGCUGGAAGGCGCCGCCACCGCGGGCCUCGCGCCCGACGCCUACACCGUGCAGAGCGUCCUCGGCGCGUGCGCCGGCGCCGGCGCGCUCUCGCUCGGCGUCUACGCGCACGCGCUGCUGCUGCGGGAGCUCGGCGGCGACGGGGACGGGCAGGCGGUGUCCCGCGACGUGCUCAUCAACAACUCGCUCGUCGACCUCUACGGCAAGUGCGGGGCGGUGGAGCUCGCGCGCCAGGUGUUCGAUAGGAUGCCCGAGCGGGACAUCACGUCGUGGAACGUCAUGAUCCUCACCCUGGCCAACCAUGGCCGCGUACGUGAGUCAGUAGAGCUCUUUGAUCGGAUGGCACGGGCUGAGAAAUUCGUUCCCAACGCCAUCACGUUCGUCGCCGUGCUGAGCGCUUGCAACCAUGGCGGGAUGGUGGAGGAGGGUAGAAGAUACUUCCAGAUGAUGGUGAGUGAGUACGGGAUCAGGCCGAGGAUCGAGCACUACGGGUGCAUGGUGGACAUCUUGGCACGAGCCGGGUUCAUUGAAGAGGCCCUCGAUGUCGUGUCUGGCAUGAAUUGCCGGCCUGAUGCCAUCAUCUGGAGGAGCCUGCUUGAUGCAUGCUGCAAGCAGAAUGCUGGGUUGGAGCUUAGCGAGGCCAUGGCCAAGCUGGCACUCGAUGUUCCUGAUGACGCUGUGAGCGGCGUCUACGUUCUUCUCUCACAGGUCUAUGCCUCUGCGCAACGGUGGAAUGAUGUGGGCAUGGUCCGGCGGUUGAUGAGGGAAGAGGGUCUCAAGAAGGAGCCAGGGUUCAGCUCAAUUGAAAUGGACGGCCUGGUUCAUCAGUUUGUCGCAGGCGACACGUCGCACCCUCUAACAGAGGAGAUAUACAAGAAGCUGGAUGAGAUUGAACAGAGGCUCACAUCCUCUGGAUACAAGCCGAACUUAUCAGCGGCCCCUAUGGUUGCUGGCAUCGACCAUGCCAAGGGCGCCGCACUGCGUUUACACAGCGAGCGGCUCGCCAUAUCGUUUGGUCUGCUCAAGGCGACAGACGGGGCACCUAUUCGGAUCCUGAAGAACCUAAGAGUGUGCAAAGACUGCCACACUAUCAGCAAGAUCAUAUCAGAGCUGUAUGGUGUUGAGAUCAUCGUCAGGGAUCGGAUCCGUUUUCACCAUUUCAAGGAUGGGGCUUGUUCUUGCAAAGACUACUGGUGAUUCCCGAGCCAUAAUCUGUGAUGCUAUCCAGGAGAUACCUCUUUGACGUUAGUUUCGUUAAGAGUGAAAAAGUUGUUUCGACAGUAAGUGACUGCAGUGUUCUUCGGCUGUGACAUCUUUCUUUCAUUCAUCUUUUAGGCUGUGAAUAUCAAAAUUAGCUGACCGAUCAGUUAAACAGAAUGGUGUAUGAUAUGUUAUACUAUUUCGCA